AUGUUUGCUUUGCACAGGGUCCGUCAAUUUCGCGUCUUUUCCGCGCUGGUUGUCGGUUCGAUUGUGUGUUGCGCGAAAAGCGUCAAUGAACCGGGCAACAUGUCUUUCGUGAAGGAGACGGUGGAUAAACUACUGAAGGGAUAUGACAUCCGACUGAGGCCGGACUUUGGAGGGGCCCCUGUUGCAGUCGGCAUGAGCAUAGACGUGGCGAGCAUAGACAUGGUGUCAGAAGUCAACAUGGACUACACGUUGACCAUGUAUUUCCAACAGUACUGGAGGGACAAGCGUCUGGCCUACAUAGGAAUCCCCCUCAACUUGACCCUGGACAACAGGGUUGCUGACCAGCUGUGGGUCCCGGACACCUACUUCCUCAACGACAAGAAGUCUUUCGUCCACGGGGUCACCGUCAAAAACCGCAUGAUCCGCCUGCAUCCAGAUGGAACCGUUCUCUAUGGCCUCAGGAUAACUACAACAGCAGCGUGUAUGAUGGAUCUCAGGAGGUAUCCCCUGGACGAACAGAACUGCACUCUGGAGAUAGAGAGCUAUGGCUACACCACAGACGACAUCGAGUUCUACUGGAAAGGAGGCGAGUCGGCUGUGACGGGGGUAACCCGGAUCGAGCUGCCGCAGUUCUCCAUUGUCGAUUACAAGUUGGUGUCCAGAAAUGUCGUCUUUUCCACAGGUGCCUACCCUCGACUGUCUCUGAGCUUUAAGCUGAAGAGGAACAUCGGCUACUUCAUCCUGCAGACGUACAUGCCAUCGAUCCUGAUUACCAUCCUCUCCUGGGUCUCCUUCUGGAUAAACUACGAUGCGUCAGCAGCCAGAGUGGCACUGGGAAUCACCACGGUGCUGACAAUGACCACCAUCAACACCCACUUGAGAGAGACGCUGCCCAAGAUCCCCUACGUCAAGGCCAUCGACAUGUACCUGAUGGGCUGUUUCGUCAUGGUCUUCCUGGCCCUGCUGGAGUACGCCUUCGUCAACUACAUCUUCUUCGGGAGGGGCCCUCAGAUGCAAAAGAAGUUAGCGGAGAAGGCCGAGAAGGCCAACAACGAGAGAGCGGCCAAGUACGACGCUGCACGGGAGGCAGGUAGUAGGACCGCGUCCCUAAAACGGUCCAAUCAGGUUAAAGGUCUUCGCCACUCACGCUCGCCGCACGGCCACGGGAACAUCCUGCUAACCACCCUGGAGAUCCAUAACGAAGUGGCGGGAGGCGAGAUCACCACCAGCGUGGCGGACAUUAGGAACUCUCAGUCCAUGGUGCAGCUGGACAGCACGGCCUCGACGCACAUCCAGUACCGCAAGCAGAGCGGCGGGAUUGGCCCGCGCUCCGCCAGCCGCCACUCCCUGGACCGGUCCGCCCAGAUGAAACGCAGCCGCCUGCGGAGGCGGUCCUCGCAGCUCAAAAUCAAAAUCCCCGACCUGACGGAUGUGAACGCCAUCGACCGCUGGUCACGGAUCAUCUUCCCUUCCGUUUUCUCGCUGUUCAACCUCGUCUACUGGCUCUACUAUGUCUGA